CUUGUAUCUACUACCGAGAUAUGUCGUUGCGAAGUGAGGUAGAAGAGGACUGCAUGACUGGUUACCAGCCCAGUGGCUUCUCAGCGGACCGCCCCAGAAAGCCACAGGGGGGUAAAGUGGAGAUCUUUAGCACCUAAGCUUCCUCGCCCAGCCUUGGCCUCUUUGCUUCCCAAGGACAAGCUUUCUUCGCCAUUCGCUUCUCACAUCAACUUCAUCGAGAUUCAUUUCAAUGUCCGGAUUUCAUUGCGCCCGAUACCCGGUUUGCUUGCAGCCAUCAGCAACUAGAUGUACUCCCUAUACCACGCCAAGGACCUCUUCCACAAAGACUCAUGAUUAACUUAGCCUUGAAUGCUGGUUCUAGAAAACCCCAAAUGCGGCUAUAGGCAAUUAGUUCACCCGAUGGUAUGUGUGAGACAAGGCACGACAACUGCUCGUUCAACUCCCCAAGCGCCGGCCGAUGCGUAAACACCUCCCGGAAGCGCUACUACAGCGGGAUCAUGACGAUGAGUUGGUUGCCCGUCUCGGAGCCACACAGUCUUCUCUGGACAGUAAGAAAACGACGCUUCGUCGGUCCCGUCUCACCAACCUGGCUUGACACUCACUAG